AUGUCCGCCCUCUCUCCCGACCGAGCUCAGUGCACAGGAUGCGCUCGUUGGCUUCUAAGCCAGCGAGUUCUCCUCCUCUCCCAUCUCCUCGUCCUCGUCCUUCGGCCCUUGCGUGUUAUAUCGGGACGCGGGCGCACGUGUCCGUGCUGCGGCGGCAGUAGUGGCGGCUACGGCGGCUACGGCGGCUACGGCGGCUACGGAGGCUACGGCGGCUACGGCGGCUACGGCUACGGUUACGGCUACGACUACGGCGGCGGCAGCGGCGGCGGUAACGGCGGCGGUAGCGGCGGCGGCGAUACACGUGAAGCGCCGGCGAGCUCGGGCAGCGCCUCCUCGUCCUCGGACUCGGGCUCGGAGUCCGGCUCGGACAGCAGCGACGACUCCGAGGACUCGCCGUGCAACGGGCCCCGGCAAAGCUCCAAGGGCCCGGCGACACCGCCAUCCCUGUCGCCGGGCGAGCUGCCGGAGGAGCCGCCGCCACCGGCCGUCGAGGAGUCAAAGCCACGCUGGAACCUCAGCUCCUUCUUCAAUAAGGCCGAGCAGCCGGAGGCCCAGCAGCUUGGCCGUAAGAAGGAGGAAGUACGGAACGAGCCCGAGCCCCAGCCGGAGCGCCGCUCCUCCCGGCAUUCCCAGCACCACGACUGGGAGCUCGACGAGGCCGUCAAGCGCAACAGGUCCAGCCAGUUGCUCGGCAGCUUGAGUGACAGCGAGCAGCAGAGCGACGCGGACAAGGCCCCGGCCAAGGAACAGCCGCCUAGAACCCAGAGGCAAAUUAGGGCUUUUGGCCUUUGA